AUGGGUAAAGAGAAGGUUCACAUUAACAUUGUUGUGAUUGGCCAUGUCGACUCUGGAAAGUCGACGACCACUGGUCAUCUGAUUUACAAGCUUGGAGGCAUUGACAAGCGUGUGAUCGAAAGGUUUGAGAAAGAAGCUGCUGAGAUGAACAAGCGUUCAUUCAAGUACGCGUGGGUGUUGGACAAGUUGAAGGCAGAGCGUGAACGUGGAAUCACUAUUGACAUUGCCUUGUGGAAGUUUGAGACCACCAAAUACUACUGCACUGUGAUUGAUGCACCUGGAACCAGUCAGGCAGAUUGUGCUGUCUUGAUUAUUGAUUCCACCACCGGAGGUUUUGAGGCUGGAAUCUCCAAGGAUGGCCAAACCCGUGAGCAUGCUCUUCUUGCUUUCACUCUUGGUGUCAAGCAAAUGAUUUGUUGUUGUUGA